GACGACUGCAUGGAGGCCAUGAACGCCUUCCUCUGCAACCAGUUCAGCGAGAGCCUGGAGAAGCUGCAGCCCAGGACCAAGGAGAGCAUGUACCACGCCCUGGUCUACGCCACCAUCCUGGAGAUGCAGGCCAUGAUGACCUUCGAGCAUGAGGACAUUGUGCAGGCCGGGCAGACCAUGAAGGAGGCGCAGGAGAUUUGCCAGAGGUUUCGGAGGAAAUCCAGCGUGACUGGCUCCCUCUCCGGCCUGGUCAGCAAGGCGGAUUCGUUCACCGAGGUGGAGCUGCACGCCGAGGUCUGCUACGCGGAGUGUCUACUGCAGCGGGCGGCCCUGACCUUCCUGCAGGACGAGAACAUGGUGAAUUUCAUCAAGGGGGGGAUCAAGGUGCGGAGCAGCUACCUGAUCUACAGGGAACUGAGCAGUUUCAUCCAGUCCAGUCACUGCACAGCAGGCGCUGCCCACGUACACUUAGAGGGAGGGGUGGCGCUGGGCAUCGGCGCCUUUAAUCUGACGCUCUCCCUCUUCCCUCCGCGGAUCCUGAAGCUGCUGGAAUUCGCUGGGUUUUCGGGGGACAAGGAGUACGGGCUGCAGCAGCUGCACGAGGGAGCGACCACCCUGAACCUGCGGGCCCUGCUCUGCACCAUGCUGCUCCUCUGCUACUACACCUUCCUCACCUUCAUCCUGGGGAUCGGGGAGGACGAUUUCACGGAAGCCGAGAGCUUGCUGAGACCCUACCUCCUUCGCUACCCCAAGAGCGCCAUCUUCCUCUUCUUCGCCGGCAGGAUAGAGGAGAUCAAAGGGAACAUCAGCGAGGCUAUCUGCAGGUUCGAGGCGGGCUGCUCGGCCCAGCAGGCCUGGAAGCAGUUCCACCACAUGUGCUACUGGGAGCUGAUGUGGUGCUAUGCCUACAAGGGCAUGUGGAAGAUGGCCUAUUUCUACGCCGAUCUGCUGAGCAAGGAGAACCGCUGGUCCAAGGCCAUGUAUGUGUAUAUGAAAGCCGCCUUCCUCAGCAUGCUGCCCCCCGAGGAGCCCCGGCCCUUCGGGGAGAGCGAGGUGGAGCUGUUCAGGUAG